CUCUAGAGGAAAGAAAGAUUUGUCUUCAACUUGCUUUACAGUAUCUGAAUAGUGCAAGCACAAUGGACACUUUUUAGUUUUACAGAAAUCAAAAAUCAUAUAGGAACAAGAACGUUGGACUUCGAGGAAUAGCAUACUUCAGAGAGCCCGGAAAUUGGUCACUGAGAAAUCCGAUUUGGCCAUACAGCUUGGGAAUGAAUACCAUUGAGACAGCAAAGCUUGAAGAGCAUAUGGAGGGUCAAAACAAUGACACUUCUAAUGGCUACUCAAGACCUACUCUCUCAGUCAGCGAAGAGAACAAAAAUGGCACUAACAAACCAAAGGGCUUGUCUAAUGGCUUGCGAAAAACAACGAAAAAAUAUCCUGAUUAUAUCCAGAUUGCUAUGCCUGCUGAGUCUAGGAACAAAUUUCCUCUGGAGUGGUGGAAAACGGGUAUUGCCUUCGUCUAUGCUCUCUUCAACUUGAUUCUAACAACUGUCAUGAUCACUGUGGUCCAUGAGAGAGUACCUCCAAAGGAGCUAAGCCCUCCCUUGCCUGACAAAUUUUUUGAUUACGUUGAUCGUGUGAAAUGGGCUUUUUCUGUAUCAGAAAUAAAUGGAAUGAUACUAGUUGGAUUAUGGAUAUUCCAGUGGUUGUUUCUUAGAUACAAAUCAAUAGUGGGACGCAGGUUCUUUUUUAUAAUAGGAACUUUGUAUCUUUACCGCUGUAUUACUAUGUACGUUACCACCUUACCUGUGCCUGGAAUGCAUUUUCAGUGUGCGCCAAAGUUGAAUGGAGAUUCUCAGGCAAAGGUUCAGAGGAUCCUGCGACUGAUUUCUGGUGGUGGUCUGUCCAUAACUGGAUCACACAUCCUGUGCGGGGACUUCCUGUUUAGUGGUCACACUGUGGUAUUAACGCUGAUCUACCUGUUCAUCAAAGAGUAUUCACCACGUCAUUUCUGGUGGUAUCACUUAAUCUGCUGGUUAAUGAGUGCUGCUGGCAUCGUUUGCAUCCUGGUUGCUCAUGAACACUAUACUGUAGAUGUCAUCAUUGCUUACUAUAUCACCACACGGCUUUUCUGGUGGUACCACUCAAUGGCUAAUGAAAAGACUUUAAAGGUCUCUUCGCAGACAAAUUUUCUCUCUCGAGCAUGGUGGUAUCCAAUAUUUUAUUUCUUUGAGAAGAACGUGCAAGGUUCUGUUCCUUGCAGCUUUUCUUGGCCAAUAUCUUGGCCUCCCAGCUGCUUCAAAUCUUCAUGCAAAAAGUAUUCACGGGUUCAGAAGACAGGAGAGGACAAUGAAAAAUCUACCUGAAGAAAAGAAGGAAAGCAUCUGCUCUGUUUUUUCUACCAAAACAUUAAUGCUGUAACCAAAGCUCUUAAGAGGACUUCACUGUACCUGAAGAAGUGGACCAAGCUUCUGUGCAAUUGAUUGGAAAGACAAUUGUUGACAAACAUUUCCUAUGUUUUCCUAUCAUCAGGCUGUACAGACCUAUUCUACUCUUCAGUGCUAAUAGAAUGCACCACUGAUGGGAUUUCAUUAUUAAAGAAAAAAUGGAGCAGGACUU